AUGCUUGACCGCGAGAAACCAGGAACCAAGAUAUUCACCGAGGCCACGCCUUUACUGCAGAAGGCGGCACCAAUCGUGCCUGCGCAGGAGUGCCAGCAACAUAUACAGCUGCUCCGAUGUUUCUUGGACUUGAAGCAGACGGUCUUGAAGACAAAGGGCCUGUUCAAGACCGAGUAUGUCCAUAAAAACAAACACGAACUAGACCCGACAGCUCGGCAGUCCGCGGCGGAGGAAAGGCCCGCUUCGAAUCAGGUAUUAGAAAAGUCAUACGGGCCACAUGGCGGAUGGACGUGGACAGGGGAUCAGAUGCCUCCAUUAGAUGUUUUGAUGGUUCUCCAUGCACUGACACUGCAUACCAAAGCCUUCGGAGAGGAUUGUUUUCGAUAUCAGAAGAUGGCACUAUGGAACGGAGGAUUUCCCCUCCAGCUGGCCUCACAAUAUAUAGACCCGGAUAGCUUGAAAUAUUCGUGUCCCGAGCCCUGCCGGCUGCAGUUCGAAAAUAUGACAAAGCUGGCAUGGGACAAUGUUAAUGACCCUGAAACCCUUCCUAUCGAAUGCUUCCGGUGUCAGAAGCAGACCGCUGUGCCGUGGACGACGCGGCGCGGCAAAGGACUAGCAGAUGAUGGGUUCUUACAAGUGUGCCAAUGGUGCAGUUUCAUUCUACGAAAAGACGCUCUUCUCGCUCAGAAGCUCCGCCGGGAUUUACAUCUACUCCUGGAGACAAACAUUCCGUUGCCCGGGGCCUGCUGGAGUGUCGACGACGGGUUGGCUCCCAAUGAAACGACAGACGAGUUUCUAAAACAGUCUCUAGUGGACCUGUUACUCGAGGAAACACGCCCGACGAAUCUAUUCCCAAGUAUAACCCAAAUAAUCCAGGCCAGCACGGAGGCAGUUGGGAGUCAAACUCUACCCCUGCUUCAUAAUAUCUUCGAGCACUAUCAAUAUCUUGGAAACUCUUCCUGUGAUCUGCAUACAGCUGUAAUGAGAGUGUCCAAGUCAGCAUCAACACUGCAAAGUGCGGAUUUUCUCGACUUUGAUUUACAGUCGUCGCAGAUCGAGAGCCUAUACACUAAAUUCCUGCGAGAGCAAAGCAAGGGGUCGUCACGGCGUUCUGGUCCCCAGACAGAUAUCAUGGAUCCCCUCAGCUUGUUCUGGGGCACGCAUUUGUUGAGGCCGCGUUCAUACUGUGACUUUGUCCGACACUUUGGCAACAGCGUGCCAGUGGACUGGGGCCUGCCACAUGAAUCUGAGACUUGCAGCUUGUGCGAGACGCUGUGUCCGCCUUCGUUCGCCCGUCGGUUUAUCCGAGGGCUUACUUCGUUAUCAGAAUGGAAGGGGUGGCUAUCCACCGUAUAG